UUGUUCAUAUAUGUUUUGAUUUUUAUUUUUUGUUCGUGCAAUUUUUUGUUUUGCGCGCUUUUUACCACGUUCUUUUGUUGGGUUGUAAUUGAUUUUACAUACUUUCGUAUCUGGCGUGUUCUCCGCUUUUUGCCCUGGAAAAUGUCGUUACGCAAGGUGUCCAAAAAUAAAUCUCGAGCGGCUGUCGCAAAUGGACCUGUUGAUGUCAAUAACCUGUCCCUUGAAGAGCAGUUUGCGGAUCAUGUGAAUGUGGCAGAGCUGGAUCUCAUCAAAGAUCUAGACAGUGAGUUCUUCACUAACUCCUACGACCUGGUACAGCAGCUAGUGCCGAUAAGCUCCUUUGCGGCAGGCAAGAUGAAGCGAUUCGUUGACAUUUUGGCCCGGAUGCACACCCAUUACUCCAAUGAGGUGGCCGCUUCCACAGAGAUGCAGGAGAAAGUAAAUGCCGCACAAAAGAAACUGCGACUAACAUUGGAGCUAACCGACACGUCGAAUGCAAUGGUGGAAGAGAUGCGAGAGUCCUUGGCCGAGGCAUGGCGCAAUGCAGACGCAGCGCAUAAUCGCGAGACCAUGUUGUAUGGCAAUAUAGAUAGUGCAUACAGUGAGCAACCGUUAAAGCAAUCUCUGGAAGUCGAUAACACUAAGAAUCAAAAUGAUAUGCGGUUCCGGGCAUUGGUCUUUCGCGAACGGGAUCGCCUGGCCAGGGAGUUGAAGGAGCACCAAAAACGAUUGGAGACGAAUCGCUUUUACUCCGAAUCCAUGGAGGGUAUCAUUGAAGAUCAUCGCAAAAUGAUCAGCACUCAGCAGACGCGUAUUAAACUGUCCGAAAGAGAAGUCUUUAAAUUGGAGCACAAGUUGCGCAUUUGUGUGGAAACCUAUGAUGAGAAGAUUCACAGUCAGAGAAAGGAAAUCGGAACCCUUUUUCUAGCCAAUCAGAAUUUGCGCUAUUGUGAGAAGAAUUAUAUUGAUUGCAAGGCUUUAAAUGAGAAUCUUAAGCAGAUCAUCGAUAAACUUUCCCAAGAGAACUUCAACUUGCAGAAGAUCAAUCAUCGCAAAGAGGAGGAAAUUAAUCAUACUAAAGGUCUACUAACUGCUUUGGAAAGCGAUGUCAGAGCGUUACGACGCGAAAGGGCUGAAUUGGAUUUUCGUUGUCGAUCAAUUCUCCGCGAGAUGAAAAAGAAAGACGAAAUACAUUUGGUGCUAAAUAGACGAUUCGAUCAAUUGUCUAAGAAAAACAGUGGUCUCAUUGAGCAGGAACUUCUCUUGACCAAUGAACUGAUGAAUGUUAAUAAGAAACUUAAUAUCGUUACGGCUAAACUGGAUGAGGCUCUGCGCCAGAAGGAAGAGGGGGAGCGUAGCCGGGAGAAACUGCGGGUCGAGAUUACCAAUCUGAACGAUAACGUCUCAAGCAUACGCUAUGAGCUUGUCGUUCAGCGUGGUCGGACGCAGGAAACGCAAUUUCUACUGGACAGUGCCAAUAUCUUGUUGGAUGAGAAGGAUGCAAAGAUGCACAAGAUUGUCAAGGAGCGAAACGAUCUGGUCGUGGAAAGCAAUGCCCUCAGCAAGACUAUUGAGACAUUGGAGGAUCAUGUGGCGUUAAAAUCGGAAAGAUUGGCCAAAAUGCAGGAGCAGCUUCAGCAUAAACAACAAGAGUUUCAGGCGCUUAAGCAGCAAAUGGAGACAGUUCACACAGAGAAGGUAAUACUACAGAGAAGCUUCGCGGUGUGUGGACAGGAUCGCCAGACAUUGCAGAACAUCAAUGCCAAACAGGCCUUCCAAAUAAAUCAAUUGUGCAGCCAAUUUGCGACCCAUGAGAAGGAAACCAUCACGCUGAAAAAUCAAAUUGAACAGAUGCACGGUCUGGUGAAGCACAAACAGAAUGAGAUUCAUGCCAAGGAACGACAGCUGAAGAGCGUACGCAUGGAACUCUACGAGAUGAAGAUGCGAUCGGGAAAAUUGCAGCACACGAUCGAGGAGGAUGAGAAGCGCUUUAAAAAGAUCACCACCACUUUGGAGGAUGAGAGAAAGAGCAAGAAUCUUGCGGGUAAACAAAUGAUAAGACGCAAUGGGGAGUUGAUUAUGCUGCGCGAGAAGUUGGACAUGAUGCAGUUGGCUCUCAGUCGUGGCACUGUUCAAUACAAUCAGCGCAUUGACGACAUUCGUCUGCUCAAGACAGAGAUCACCAAUUUGCGCAUGUCCAAGGAUUGCCUGGAGCGAUCCAUAUCCAGUUCGGUUAACAUGCGCCACGAGGUUGUGCGACUCGAGCGUCAACUCGUUCGUGAACGGUUGCACGUGGCAGCCUUUACGGAGGAGCUGAAGCAUCCUUAUCGCAUACAUCGAUGGCGUGUGUUACGCGGCAGCGAUCCUCACAAGUACGAGCUCAUCGGCAAGAUUCAGGCGCUCCUCAAGCGCAACAUUCGCCUCACCGUCGAGCGACGCAACUUGGAGAACAAGGUGCAGGAUGUGCAGCGUCUGUACGAUACGCUCAAGCAGCAAUUGCAGCAUGUUCCAGAUCCCAGCAUGCAGGAGCGACUGUGGCUACAGCAGCGCAUCAAUCAACGACAGAUUCGCAAGGUGAAGGCCAUGAAGGCGGAGCUGGCCAUCAAUGAGAUUGAUCUGCAGACCCGCGAUGUCAUCAUUGGUGAAUAUCAGAAUGCUCUUAAGAAGCAAAUGCAGCCCAAUCCAGCCAUCGUUCAGAGCGUAUCCUGUCACUCCAACCUAAACGAAAAGUUCACGAAAGCGAUCUUCCAAGACAGUUCCUCGUUAGAAUAGUCGCCUUUUUAUUAUAGUCAGUGAGUAUAUACAGAUGAAAUGAGGAUGUAUAUCUAAAGCAGCGUGCUGACCAUCUUGAAGCCGGCGCCCAAAGUGCGAGGAAGCUGUGCAGGAGCUGAGUAGCAAUGUGCCUGCAUCUGCUCCAGAAGCUGACGCUCCUCCAACAGCUUCUGCUUGCGUCGCUUCUCCUCCAGCAGCUGCGUCUUGGUUUGUGCCAGGCUGCCCCGCAUCUCUUCCAGCUUCAUUGCCUUGGACUUGUCGUCAGCCUCCCUGGCACUCAGCUCGGCCAUGAGAACCUUCAGCUUGCGAUCCUUUGCGGAUAAACUGGCCUGCAAGCGAAUCGAACAUAUAUCACGAUAUGAAAGUGUUGUAAACUAUUAUUUUAAUUAUAUAUUUUUAUUUAAAUCA